AUGGACGAAAAUGAUACAUAUAAAUAUCUAGGUUUACGUGAAGGAAGAUGUACAGACCAUACUGCUAUUAAAAAGGAUCUCAGUAAUGAAUAUUUCCGCAGGUUGAAUCUAAUUUGUAAAAAGCAACUUAAUUCUAGAAAUUUAUUCAAAGCUAUUAAUACUUUUGCCAUCCCAAUACUUACCUAUUCUUUCGGAGUUAUUAAAUGGUGGACUCAGACCGAACUGAACGCUCUGGACAGAAAAGUCCGCACUAUAAUGACGUCCCACAGAGUGCAUCAUCCGAGAUCGUCGGUAAUGAGGCUGUACUUGCCGCGGAAGCAUGGUGGGCGCGGCUUUUUAAGCGCGCUUACCCUGCAUAAUCGCGAAGUGCGCAGCCUCCGUAAUUAUUUUCUGUCGAGAGCGGAUGAUCCAUUCUAUAGGGACGUUAUUUUUUGUGAUAAAGGACUUACCCCUCUAUCCUUAGCCAACGAGCAAUGGCAAGACCCGGCAGUACAGAGCAUUUCCGACCGGGAGACCGUAUGGAAGGAGAAGGAGCUCCACGGGAGGUUCUACAAGGCUCUAUAUGAGCCUUUCGUAGAUACAGUUGCCUCCCUCCACUGGCUACGUUUUGGUGACCUCUUCGGGGAAAUCGAGGGUUUUGUCUGUGCGAUACAGGAUCAGGUUAUUAAGACCAACAACUAUCGGAGAUACAACCUAAGGGAUGGCACCGUCGACAUUUGUCGAGCUUGUCGCCAUCCUGGUGAAUCACUUAGGCAUGUCAUCUCCGGUUGUUCGGCGCUUUCUAACUCUGAGUACUUGCAUAGGCACAACCUAGUAGCCAGGAUUCUACACCAGGAGCUCGCUCUGAAAUACGGUCUCGUGGACCGGAAACUGCCUUAUUAUAAGUACAUGCCGGAAGCCGUGCUCGAAAAUGACCGCGCCAGGCUCUACUGGGACCGGGCCAUCAUCACAGACAGGAACAUUCUUGCGAAUAAGCCUGAUAUUGUGCUGAUGGACCGGGCAGAGUCAAGGAUAUUUUUGGUCGACAUUACCAUUCCGUAUGACGAGACCCUCGUGAAAGCCGAAACAGAUAAGCGAACAAAAUAUCUGGACCUGGCUCACGAGGUGACCGACAUGUGGGGUGGACUGCCGGCCGAAAUUAUACCUGUAGUCGUUUCUGCGAACGGGUUAAUCCCAGUCAGCCUCUCGGGUCAUCUGAGGCGACUGGGACUCCGUGACGGACCGCUCCAAGCUCAAAUGCAGAAGGCGGUGCUCCUCGAUACCGCCCGCAUCGUCCGCCGGUUUCUUUCCCUUUCCCCCUAA